AUGUUGACCAAUUUCUCCACUGUGCUGAGAGCCUGCGCUCAAAGAAAUGUUCCUCUGGGUGCUGGAGUGGCUCUGGCCUGCAAAUAUCAAGAAAACAAUCAACUGUGCGUCUGUCUUUAUGGUGACGGUGCUGCCAACCAGGGUCAGAUUUUUGAAACCUACAACAUGGCAGCUCUCUGGAAGUUGCCCGUCAUCUUCAUCUGUGAGAACAACAGGUACGGCAUGGGCACCUCUGUGGAGCGAGCUGCGGCCAGCACAGACUACUUCAAGAGGGGAGAAUUCAUUCCUGGUCUCAGGGUGGAUGGCAUGGAUAUUCUGUGUGUUCGGGAAGCUACCAGAUUUGCAGCUGAUCACUGCCGUUCUGGAAAGGGCCCUAUUCUCAUGGAGCUCCAAACCUACCGCUACCAUGGACACAGUAUGAGUGAUCCAGGCGUCAGCUACCGCACACGCGAGGAGAUCCAGGAAGUCCGAAGUAAGAGCGACCCCAUCUCCAUGCUGAAGGAUCGCCUCCUCAGCAACAACAUGGCCAACAUAGAGGAGUUCAAGGAGAUCGAUGUGGAAGUGAGGAAGGAAAUCGAAGAUGCCUCUCAGUUUGCCACCACAGAUCCUGAACCACCUCUGGAAGAACUCUGCAACCAUAUCUUUCACAACAACUCGCCCCUCGAGGUGCGCGGCACCAACCCAUGGGCAAAGCUGAAGUCU